GUUGUUUCAGUAUCGAAGGUGUCUUAGCUGAGAACUGGUGGCGGCAAAAUGAAUGUCUUUGAGGCAAACCCAAAGUGGCUUCUUGUUGCUGUAUUUUACGCAGUGGGUAGAUGCGACGUUUUUGAAGAUGGUGAUGACAUUCAAGAUGUGGCGUCUGUCAGCAAAGCUUUCUCAUAUUUAUUUGAAGAGCAGGAAACAUCUUGCCCGACUGCAGUUGUAUCAAGACCGCAAACCUCUACCACUGAGCCAACAACGGCACCAAAGUCCCUCAAAUACCCGUGUAACGACUAUCCCAAGAACUAUGACGGUCAUAGGAUUUUUACGAAGAAGAACUUGCUUGAAACGCCGGACCAACUAUUCGUUUGCUCCUUUGGAUUCGUGUCUAAGAACUGCAGUUGCACUUUGAAAGAUUUGACUUUUUAUAGAGCAGACGACAAGUCAUUCGAGGACCCAUUCAUUAUGCGCCAAGCCGUCAGAGACUAUCACCCGAAUUCCUUCAAAACCGUUUGUGCUGAUUACAAUGUGAAUGCACCGAACGCUGUUGCAGAAUACAGAUGCAAAGGAACCGGUCAAUACGUCUAUGUGAUAGACACAGAAUUGGGACCCAAUCCCGAGUUUCCUAAUUUUGGUGGUUUGGAAAGGGUCGACACACCCAUAUUCUACGUACACCAUGCAGAUAAAUGUCGCUCCCCUUGAGUCAAGCGAUAAUGCUGCUUCUGUUAUAGUGCAGCUUCGUAAUGUAACUUCUUGUGUUUGCCUUGGUUGCA